AAUGGAACAUUUAACCGUAGAAUAUUAUCGUACGGGUGCUACUUAUUUAUCAUACGAAGCACUCGAAGAAAUUCGACAACUUCGUGGGAGAAUUAAAAAUGUUUCAAAGGAAAUGGCCAAAAAAUAUCGUAUCUCAACAUGUCGAGUAUAUGAAAUUGACAUAGUCAUGCAAUGA